AGUGUAUUCACUUAUAUUGCGAGGAAGGCACUAACCACCUUAAGGUGGAUAAAGUAAUGUUUUUUUACUUUAGAUGACGCAUAUACUAUCAAUCUUGUCAGAUGAUGUUGCUUCCCUUUUUUGUGUGUAUGAAGUUACUAUUUCGCCCUGUCCCGCAAACGAAGCGAUCAUUAAAAUCUUUGCCUUCUAUGAAAUAAAUUAGUCAUUGUUAAGUCUCACCGGAUUGUUUCAUAAUUCAAAAUGAUUAUCCUGAGAUUGGCUCAAUCAAUCAGAUUCCCAUAUGAUGAAACACAAUGAACAUUAAUGCGGUUCAAAUUUUAAUUUCAUUCCCAUUAAUUAAUCCAGGAAAAGUUCUUUGAUAUUAAUUUGACACAAAAUUAUUUAAAUAACCCAUACAAAGCAAUUUGUUACUAAAACUAGUAGGUAAUCAGAAAUACCGCACACAAAGAUAUGCUUCUCUACAGAUUGUUCCAGCCGGUUUGUAUUACAUAAAUUGAAGCCAGUCCCUUAAAUUCAUUUAUUAUUAACUCAUAAUUGAGAGCUGGAUAAAAACAAUAACGCAACAAAAGGCAAAACAUUGCAAGAUCGUCAUUUGAUAUCCUUACCAGCCCUUCAAUGGAUCUUCUUGCAGUUGAUGCGUUCCCCAACUCGACAAUUGUGCAAGGUUUGACCAUAGUAAACAUUCUUGCACUAACGUUCUUCUCCGAGUACUUUGCAGUGUGCAUAAUCAAAGUGCCCAAUGAGGACCUCCUUCUCAGCGAGUCCAUACCGGUGCUCAUCAUCACCGUGGACUCGGAAUUCAACGCGACGUUCCAACAGGGAGUGGACGGCGCCUGUCAAGCGUUUAUAGUAUCCGAAAAGGCCUUCAUUUUGUUCUUGGACUUGUUCGUUUUCGUGCACGAUCGCUCGGACCAGCGCUCGCCGGGUAAGAAGUUCAUUGUCGUUAUGGAUUCAACUGACCGAGUUAAGCUCGAGCAGCUGACGGAUCAUCCGAAUAUUCUGGAGGUACCGGAGGUACUUUUCGUUUGCCCGGAUGAGCCGAACGGUUCGAUCGAGUACCACACUACCGACAUCUCCAACAAUGGCUCUCGGAGUACGUGGAACGUCAAAAUUGUUCCGAUCACGCCUCCGGACUACUUCCCGGACAAGUUCCGGAACAUGCAGGGGUAUCCGAUCCGAGUGAUCGCCUGCUCGUACCCUCCGUUUGUACACUAUGAACAGUCGACUACCGAAAAGGCAAAUGCUCGCUACGAUCCCAAAUAUAUGAAGGAAGAUCUACCCUUAUUCAUGGAUGGAACCGAGCCCAUAUUAAUACUGGAGUUUUGCCGGAUACACAAUUGUACCGUGGAGGGGUCUUUCGAUGAGACAGCGUACUGGGGUGAAGUCUUUGAAAAUCGCACUGGAACGGGUCUUCUGGGAGCAGUGAUUGAACGACGAGCUGAUAUAGCCGUGGCUGCUGUCUACUAUUGGAGAAGAGCAUACGACUACGGAACCUACACCCACCAGAUGAGCCGAUCUGGGAUCACCGUUUUGGUUCCAAAGCCACGACUUCUGGCUCCUUGGCGGACUCCUUUUCUGUCCUUCACCGGAUCACUGUGGAUCGCAGUCUUCGUAACAUUUAUUGUUGCUACCGUGGCAGUGUGGUUGAUCGAGGGAGGUCGCUACAAGCUUCUACAGCCUCCGAACGAAACGCCAAUCACGAUGAGCGAUUCCCUGUUGACGAUGAUCGGCUUCUACAUGGAGCAAAGUGCCCGCAUGCGUACCGACAUGGUGUCGUGUAUCUUUCUGUUCACGUCGCUUCUAUUUGCCGGAUUCAUGGUAGGCAACAGCUACGGUGGAGGUUUAGCCGGGGUAAUGACUGUGAAGCAGUACGAGAAACCCAUCGACACUACGAAGGAUCUGGCGGCAAGCGGGCUUCCGUUCGUAGGAGUAGCCUUGUCGUGGAUAUAUUCAAUUCUUUACUCAACUCAGCCCCAUGUCCAAACUCUGGUCAAAAACUACCGAAUCGUCGACGAGGACUACCUGGUCGAUCACAGCAAAACACACGACGUGGGAUUCUGCGUGGAGCAGUCUGAGUACGGCCACUUUGUGCCGUCCUCGUUCGUUGACGUGGAAGCGUCCACCAUGCUGCAGAAGCUCAAGGAUAACCUGUACUGGGAAACCGUAGCGGCGCUGGUGACAAAAACCUGCCCCUUCAAGCAACCGUUCAACGAUCUGAUCAUGAAAGUGAAGCAGACGGGCGUUCAGCACUACUGGGAGCUGCAGACCGUGAAUCGCUACCUGCAGACUACGGUGCAGAAGAACAUCAUGGGCGCCCGCCAAGCCGGUGGUGACGAUGAAGUUAUAGCGCUUACCGUUUCACACUUCUUGGGAGCUUACCUUAUUUUGGCAAUUGGAUGUGGCUUAGCAACGGUUGCAUUUGUACUAGAGGCACUGCAUUCUCGAUUUAGUGGAAAUUCAAGACAAUUAUUCAAACGAAGGGUCAAUAUGACCGUGACAUGAAUAUUUGAAAGAUUUCUCUCAAAUCUUUUACACAUUGUAACAUCAAUGCUACACACUUUAAUUACAUUUAAUAAGCGGUAGUUCACCAAGGUCACUGUCAUUCUAUGUCACAGAUUUAAUAUGGUUCAUGCAAGAAACUGUCAUUGUCAAGUUACACAUAAUUGGAGGAAAAGCUGUGGAAUUUUUUGACUUCUCUAGAAAAUUAAUGUCCUUCUUCUAACAACUUCGAGAACAUAGUUAAGUCAGGGAUAUAAGGAAACGCACGUCAUCAUAUUUAAUAAAAUUAUUAUGCAGUACAAAGACUCACAACUACGCAUCAAAAUAGAAUUAACUGCAUUAAUCAAACCAGUUCAAUGUUAAUCGCGUGGAAAGUUUUAAAUUACCAUCCAAUUGUCAACUUCCCAAUAAAAGCUACGCACAAA